AUGAACAGUUCAGCCACUUCGGGAGCUUACUAGCCAACAGGGCCGAAUAUUGGAGCUCUUUAGAAGCUUUCUGACGUAUAUAUAAGCCACUGUUGUUUUAAAACACACACUUUUUUGUUGUUGUCAUCAAGCUGUUAUUACAUUUAAUAUAAUAUUUAACGUUGAUAGAUUCUCUAGCUAGCUGGUUAACUUAGCAGUAGGACUAGGCUAACGCUAACUAGCCAGCUUGCUAACAUCAUCGACCAUAAAGUCACAAAGCUACUCUCCCCCAGUUGCUAAAUAAGAGGUCUGCUAGACGGAGAAAGAGGGUUUCGAGGAGGAAGAGGAGGCUGUUACAGUGAAAGGAGAAGAGGAAGACGCUUUCAGAGUGAAAGAGGAGGAUGUUGACUACCGUGAAAGAAGAGGAGAAGGAAGAGAAAGAGGAGGCUGCCGUUUUUGGAAUAAAGGAGGGGGAGAUGACUGUCACAGUGAAAGAAGAGGAAGACGUUUUUGGAGUGAAGGAGGAAGAGGAGGGGGAGAUGACUGUUACAGUGAAAGAAGAGGAAGACGUUUUUGGAGAGGAAGAGGAGGGGGAGAUGACUGUUACAGUGAAAGAAGAGGAAGACGUUUUUGGAGAGAAGGAAGAGGGGGAGAUUACUGUCACAUUGGAGGACGAAGAAGAACUGAAGACUGGAGAUCUGAUUAACACCAGUGAAUACAGAGAGAGACCAGACUCUCACUCUGACAGCGGGAAGAGUCCUUCAGGGGAACCAGACUCAGAGACGCCCAAACCAGCGAGACGACACCACUGGUCCCAGUGUAAAAAGAGUUUUAAGUGGUUAUGGAAGCUGAAAAGUCACGAUAGAACAGACACAGGAGGGAAGUCUUCACAAUGUUCCCAGUGUGGAAAGAGUUUUACCCGGUUAGGGAACCUGAAAAGGCACGAGAGAAUACACACAGGAGAGAAACCUUUCCAAUGUGCCCAAUGUGGAAAGAGUUUUACCCGGUUAGGGAGCCUGAAUGAACAUAAAAUAAUACACACAGGAGAGAAACCUUUCCAAUGCUCCCGGUGUGGAAAGGGCUUUAGGUGGUUAGGGAACCUGAAAAAGCAUGAAAGAACACACACAGGAGAGAAACCUUUCCAAUGCUCCCAGUGUGGAAAGAGUUUUCCACAGUUAGGGAGCUUGAAGGAGCAUGAAAGGACACACACAGGGGAGACAUCUUACCAUUGCUCCCUGUGUGGAAAGGAUUUUACCAAGCUAAGGAACCUAAUAAAACAUACAGAAUUACACACAGGAGAGAAGCCUUUCCAAUGCUCCCAGUGUGGGAAGGGUUUUACACGGCUAGGGAACCUGAAGGACCAUAAAAGAGUACACACAGGAGAGAAGCCUUUCCAAUGUUCACAGUGUGGAAAGAAUUUUACGUGGUUAGGAAACCUGAAAAAGCACGAGAGAACACACACAGGAGAGAAACCGUUCCAAUGCUCCAAGUGUGGAAAUAGUUUUAAAAGGUUAGGGAGCCUGAAGGAGCAUGAAAGAACACACACAUGGGAGACAGCUUACCAUUGCUCUAUGUGUGGAAAGAAUUUUACCAAGUUAGGGAACCUAAACAAACAUGAAAAAUUACACACAGGAAAGAAGACUUUCCAAUGCACCCAGUGUGGGAAGGGUUUUACACGAUUAGGGAAUCUGAAGGACCAUAAAAGAACACACACAAGAGAGAAGCCUUUCCAAUGUUCCCAGUGUGGAAAGGGUUUUACCCAGAUAGGGAACCUGAAAAGGCACGAGAAAAUACACACAGGAGAAAAAUCUUUCCAUUGUCCGCAGUGUGGAAAGGAUUUUACCCAGUUAGUGAACCUGAAAAGGCACGAGAGAACACACACAGUUUUAACAACGACCCCAGGAGUCGGAAACAGUUCGAAGAACAGAACGGAAAACCGAACAAAAAAAAUGAAGAAACAGAAACCGAACCGGGAAAGAAAAUGAUCUCUACAGUUUUGAAACAAUAACCUUUAUUUUAAAAGUAAAAUAUUAAUAACGUUCUUUUACAGUAACUAGACUUUAAAAAGUUAAUAUUCUGUUAACUCAUCGACAUAAUGUUGAGACAUACUAUACUAUUUGUGGCUAAAGCAUAAAUUGACACUUCAAAAACACUCAAACUUGUAUCUCAAACAGACUGUUUAAAAAAAUACUAUUUCCUCAUAGAACAUGUUACCUCCCUGCGGAGGAUGAGCUGGCCAUUCUGUGGUUGGGAUACGACCCACACUAUUCUGUGGUUGGGGUACGCCCACACCAUUCUGUUGUUGGGGUACGCCCACACCAUUCUGUUGUUGGGGUACGACCCACACUAUUCUGUGGUUGGGAUACGACCCACACUAUUCUGUUGUUGGGGUACGACCCACACCAUUCUGUUGUUGAGGUACGACCCACACCAUUCUGUUGUUGGGGUACGACCCACACUAUUCUGUUGUUGGGGUACGCCCACACCAUUCUGUUGUUGGGGUACGACCCACACUAUUCUGUUGUUGGGGUACGACCCACACCAUUCUGUUGUUGGGGUACGACCCACACUAUUCUGUGGUUGGGAUACGACCCACACUAUUCUGUUGUUGGGGUACGACCCACACUAUUCUGUUGUUGGGGUACGACCCACACUAUUCUGUGGUUGGGAUACGACCCACACUAUUCUGUUGUUGGGGUACGACCCACACUAUUCUGUGGUUGGGAUACGACCCACACUAUUCUGUUGUUGGGAUACGACCCACACUAUUCUGUGGUUGGGAUACGACCCACACUAUUCUGUUGUUGGGGUACGACCCACACCAUUCUGUUGUUGGGGUACGACCCACACUAUUCUGUUGUUGGGGUACGACCCACACUAUUCUGUUGUUGGGGUAUGACCCACACUAUUCUGUUGUUGGGAUACGACCCACACCAUUCUGUUGUUGGGGUACGACCCACACCAUUCUGUUGUUGGGGUACGACCCACACCAUUCUGUUGUUGGGGUAUGCCCACACCAUUCUGUUGUUGGGGUACGACCCACACUAUUCUGUUGUUGGGGUACGCCCACACCAUUCUGUUGUUGGGGUACGACCCACACUAUUCUGUUGUUGGGGUACGCCCACACCAUUCCAACACAGAAAAGAUGCUUUUAACAUAUUUAUUAAAGAAAAGAUUGGAAGGAAAGUAUUUAUCAGUAAUUAUAAGUAAUUAUAAGUCAUAUUUCAUAGAAAUCUAGAAACACUGGGAACUUACUUUAAUUAAGUUCCAGGCAGUUACAGGGCCUCUCGAGUGGCGCAG